AAUUAUGGCGCAGAAAUGAGCACGGACGUUGCGCAGAUUAUUGUUAUUGUCUUCUUACGUGAAGGCUCCUUGGCGGUUGGCUCGACUUCGUAUGGCUAUCCUGGCUUGAACCAAGGGACAGUGGGCGCAGCGUGGUGGCUACCCUGGCUGCUGCGACAAAAGUACAACGUGAUGCUGGCAUGUUCAGGCAUUGAGUUUGUGCCCCGCCAGGCAUGGGGUGCACGGCCGCCCAAGGCAUGGGAAAGGCUAAAGGUUCAACCUGUACCACGCGUCUUCGUGCACCAUACUGCUGGAGGGGAAUGCUUCGACCCAUGGACUUGCUCAGAGAAGAUGCGGUACAUUCAACGCUACCACCAAGUUACUAAAGGUUGGGAGGACAUCGCCUACAGCUUCCUCAUCGGAGGCGAUGGGCGCGUGUACGUUGCAAGGGGCUGGGACGCGGUCGGCGCCCACACCAAGGGUCACAACAAGGACGCUCUUUCCAUAGCCUUCUUCGGUGACUUCUCGCACCACCUGCCGACACCCUGGGCGAUCAGGACACUCGACAAGCUGCUCCAGUGUGGCGUCGCCCUGGGCAAGAUUAGCCCGGACUACACCCUUCACGGCCACCGAGACGCCACCUGUACAUUGAGUCCUGGGGACGCCCUGUACGCCUUCAUCAGCCGACGGAGACGCUUCCGUGGAAGACUCCAGACAUACACCUGCUGAAGAAGUGCUGUGC